AUGGAUGCAGAAUUUUCGUCAAGUAUGUUAGAUACACCAUCUUUAAUGACACCGAAUAUUAUUCUUAAUCCUAUGAAUCCUAUGAUGUAUAAAAUUUCACAUGACGCAUCUUCUGCUGAAAUCAGCAAUAAUGAUAAUAAUGAUGCAAGUGCGAACCCACCUUCUAUAACAACAACAACAGCCACGAUAAUAAAUGAUGAAUCAUCAUCUGCAACAUCGAAUGAAAUAAAAUUAUCAAAAAUAAAAGAUGACCUUAAACAGAGCUUUACACAACCGCGUAAGCCUACUGAAUCGUUUUUUCAACAAAUGGCAAAGGCUGGAAGACUACGUGUCGAAAGUAUGGUUGUGUCUCCCACUCAAGAUGAUAGCACACCCAUAGAAAUACCAUCAACAGCAGAUGUAAUGAAUGUUCUUGAAUCAUUUACAAAAUAUCCGACUCAAGAUACUAUAGACCGCGAAGCUACAACAACGCUAACUAGUGAUAAUAAUCAUUUGGAAACAUCGGCAUCACAUAAUAUGGGUAUGAUUGUUUCGCCGAAAAAGAAACUUCUUAUAAGAAGUCAAUCUCAUACAGAACCGUCAUCACCAUCAUCAGUUUCAACAAAUCAAUUUUCUCAAUCGCAAAGAAAUAAUUUUGAUGAUACAGGUUCGCUGGAUGAUGAACAUCGAUCAUUUAAUAAUAGUGAUUUUCAACGUACUAAUGAUGUUCCUAUAGUAGUACGUGCUAUGGAUUCAAGUUCACAAUUAGAUAACAAUAUAAAAUUAUCUUAUACAAUACAAUUACCCUUGGAUCAAAACGGAGUACAUUCAACAAUUAUCAAACAACAACCAAUUGUAUCAAACAAUAAACGAACAUUUCAACAAGCUAUUAUUGGUGGACCGACACCAAAAGCUACCUCAAUUGUUAUUUCUCAACAGCCGGUUGUAAACGAAGUUAGCUCAAGUAAUCAAUUAGUUAGUGGCAAACGACAAAAAACAAUUUCAACAAAUAAUAAAAGUUCGUCACCAUCAUUUUCGCCACCAAUCAAUGAUAACAAUAAUAUUGGAUCCGAUGAUGACCGUCGAAAACACAUACGUGAUAGUAAUCGUGAAGCAGCAAGACGCUGCCGUGAACGUCGUCGAAAUUAUAUUGAACAACUUGAAGGUAAUCUAGAACAAUGUAAAUCAGAAAUAAAGCAAUUGAAUGAAAAAUUAUCUCUCGCUGAACGCGAAAAUACACAAUUACGUGCUAUUUUAACUGAAACAAAAAGAUUUCAUACAGUAUCAGAUCUUUCAUCAAAUGAUUCAAUGGUUAAUUUUGUUAAUGUUAUUUCAACCAAUGGAGUCGAUCUUAAUGUCGAAUCGACUGAUGGAAAUAAAAAUAUGAAAUUUAUUUUUUUUAUCGUUUUUAUACCGGCUAUUUUAUCUACGCCACUUCACGACAUUCGAAUUGAAGAAGAUGAUGAUUGCUGGUCACAUGAAAAGAAUACUACCAUUCAUAGACGUCAUGCUAUUCUAGUAAAAUUUUCAUCCAAAGUCGCUUAUGGAAAAGAUGAUUGUUCAGUACAUAUAUACAAUCCAUGGUUAUCAGAUAUGCAAAAUGGAUUUGGUUUGUUUCUUUCGCAAGAAAUGGAUUGCUCAUCGACACUUACUGUAGAUUGUCUACCUAAUGCUACUUUAACUGAUCAAACGAAGCCAUCACCAAUACAAUUUACAUGCCAUACAAGUCAAAAUAAAAUUGAAAUGGCAUGUAGUGCACUCAGCUUAACGUUUAGAAGAAAUAUACAAAUACCUGAAAUAAAAAAGACAACAUUUGUACAAGUGGUUGCAUUGGCUAAAGAACCAUGUAUUGAUGAUGACAUACUGUUUCAAUGUCCAGAUGAUUAUCCUAAUUCAUGUAUUGAUAAAAAAUUAAAAUGCAAUGGACGAUCUGAAUGUGACAGCGGAGAUGAUGAACGUGAUUGCCAUCCUGCACCUCCAAGUGGUGUACCGAUAUUUAUAUUAGUUCUUAUGCUUUUGGUAUUUUUAUUUCUUCUUUGUAUUUUAUCAAUUGCUUGUAUUUGCUGUUGUUUUCGAUCGGUAUUCAAUGGCAUAGUUCGACGUGUUCGUGCAAGAAAAGGAAAUAAAUCUACUGAAAAAAAUAACAUUGCUACAACUGGUGAGGAUGCUGUCUUAAUGAAGGAACUUACAACACCAACGACUACUGUGGAAAUUUCAUCUAAAAACCGCACUGAAGCUGGACCAUUAAUAAUCGAUUCAACCAAACCAAUGUAUCCCACUAAAGUAACAUACUUCAAUCUUGAAAAUACGUAUGGGCCAUAUUGUAAUCCAAAAAGUAAAUUUACACCCGACGCAGGAAUAGUUCGUUAUGCUGGAACACCAUGGAUUGGUAAAUGUGUUUUAAAUAUACAAAGUUGUUGUCUACCAACUUUUCCAAAUGGAUCAUUAAUGCCUGAUCUUCCUUUGUCAACAAGAUUUUAUGUUCAUCUACUCGCUCAACCAUUAUGUUCAACAGAAAAUGUAACAGUGACCAGUGAAUCCGGUGAAACGACACUUAUCGAUUGUCAUACAAAAAAUGGAACCGAAUAUUUUUUUGAUACGGAAUUGUUAACAAUAGAAUAUCAUCGAUCAAAAAAAUUACCGUUAUCAAAAUUUUCAAUGGUUGUUACACCGUUAAAAAUUAAAACAAGAAUGUAUUCAAAAUGCGGUUUUGAUUGCUUUUCGGAUAAGUAUUGUAUUGAUCGAAGUCUUGUUUGUGAUCGAUAUAAAAAUUGUCCGAACAAUGUUGAUGAAGCCUAUUGUGAAUAUAGUCAUCAUCAUGAACCAUUAUCAUUUCGCGCAAAACUGAUUCUUUCAUUUGUUCUACUAACAAUCAUUACACUUACUGUAUCGUCAAUUUUAAUUUGCUAUUUUUGCUGUGGAAUUACAGACAAUAAUCUUGGUACGACGAGUAAAGAACGGAAAUCACUCCACGGCGACAGGGAAGAAACUGAUGUUGCGGUCAGCCCACUUUCAAUACCUUAA